GUAAAUUUUAAUGCUUUUGAGUCAGAGGCAGGGAAACUUAGUAAGGAACCGCAGAUGGUGGUUUAAAUAGAAGAUAGACACAAAAUACUGGCGUAACUCAACCGGACAGGCUGCAUCGGGACAGGAAUGUGUGACGUUUAGUAUCUUGGUAUCGUGUACACAUUGACUUCCUCUCAACACUUUUUCACUGCCAGUAUUGCGAAACGAAACUAAGUCACAAAAAGUUAAACAGGGCAGUGAAAGGAAGCCAUCUGUAACUGUUCAGGUUUCUUUCGACGACUGACAAUCUCCAGUUAUUUUUGUAAUGCUAAUAUUUCCAGUAAAGAAGAUACACCUUUUCUUAAGUUGAAGCUUUAACUUCAAGAUGGAAACUUAAAUAUCAACGGGCAUAUACCUUUUUUGGAAGGAGCUUUGUUUCUGUUCAGUUAUAAUUUUUCAGGAAGGCUUCUUUUUAAGUGAAGCCGUGUCAAUUUUCUGCUCAAUUUUUGUAAUUUUAUUCUUUGUAAGUUUCUUUAUAUAGAAUACUGCUGAGUUACAUUUCCUGUAUAAGUCCUUCACUUUCUUCUUUUCCUUGCACCAAUUUUUCACCUAUAGUCUCGUGCCUACUACUACUAAUACUACUGCUACUUCCUGCCCACCAUAACAAUCUCCGCUGGACUCAAAAUUACCUGGGUGUGCUUCAAUCUUAAAAUUUGAUCCUAGGUUCAUUCGUUUUAGCUUUGAAAACCAGUAACAAAGCUCCUCCCGAAGAAAGGUAUGCCCCCAUUCUUCAAAACAAUUUUCAUGAAUAUACUUCAAAAUUCAAGUUUUGGCCAUUUUAGAAUAGGUGGAGAUCAAGAACUGCAGUAUGACCUGUCUUCAGAACUUUAUCGUAUUUCAACGUUUGCUAAAUUCCCGGCAAGUGUUUUGAUAUCAGAAAGGAAUCUUGCACGUGCUGGAUUCUAUUACACCAAUACAGGUGACAAAGUAUGCUGCUUCUCUUGUGGGGUUAUUGUUGAAGACUGGCAGCUGGGAGAUAAUGCUGUUGAAAGGCACAAAAGGAGUAACCCAGACUGCAGUUUUAUCAAUAGCCUACGCUUGGGCAUUGACUGCCCUUCAAGUCGCUCUCGAUUUCCUCUGUCAAGUGGUUCUUUUACUCACACUUCUUUUUAUGAAAAUGGAACAUCUUCUAACUUGCACUGCUGUAAUCUUCCUGAUCCAGUGGCCACAAGAAGCGUGGAAGAUAUUUCUCAUCAAUUGAGAUACCCUCAAUACAUUGUAGCUAUGUGUAGUGAAGAAACAAGACUUCAAACUUUUCAGAAUUGGCCAUCAUAUUCUUCUUUAAUGCCAGCAGAGCUAGCGAAAGCUGGGUUUCAUUAUACUGGGGAAGAUGAUAAAGUUGUAUGCUUUGUCUGUGGUGGAAGAUUAAGUAACUGGGAACCUGGAGAUCGUGCAAUAAUUGAACAUAGGAGGCAUUUCCCUUCUUGCCCCUUUAUUUUGGGGAAUGAGGUGGGUAAUGUUCCCAUGAAUAAUUCAGAAUCACAAAGAUCAAAUCAACAUGCAGUUCUGCAUCCAAGACAUCCCGAAAUGCAGUCUUAUGAUACUCGUCUACAGACAUUUUCAAGUUGGCCAGUUAGGAAUUUUAUUCAGCCUGAACAGCUAUCUAGAGCUGGUUUCUACUAUGUCGGUCAAAAUGAUGAUGUGAAAUGCUUUUAUUGUGAUGGGGGCCUGAGGAGCUGGGAGGCUGGAGAUGACCCAUGGGUGGAACAUGCAAAAUGGUUCCCAAGAUGUGAAUAUCUUCUCCAGGAGAAGGGACAAACAUUUGUAAAUCAGAUUCAGGCAAGGUUUCCAAAUCUACUUGAUUUCCAGCUGCAUUCCACUUCUGAUGAUAUCUUGGAGGAAACUCAAACAUCUGCUCGUUUUGAGCCUGGGGAAGAUCGUUCUGAGGAUGCUGUCAUGAUGAACACACCAGUUGUUAAGGGAGCGAUGGAAAUGGGUUUUGGUCGAAAACUUGUGAAGCAGACAGUCCAAAGAAAAAUAGUCAUAAGUGGCGAGAAUUAUAAAUCUGUUAUAGAACUAGUGACCGACUUAUUGAAUGCGGAAGACGAUGAAAGGCAAGAUGACAAAGAAAGAAAACUGGAAGAAAUGACUGAAGAUGUAUUGCUAUUGAAAAAGAACUGUGCUGCUUUGAGUCAUAAUUUGACAAAUAUAAUACCGUUGCUUGAAGAUCUAGAAAUGCGUUCAAUUAUAAGUAAAAUGGAAAGUAAUGCGAUCAAGCAAAAGCCUUGUGCAAAUGAACAAGUCAAAGAGCUAGUUGAUGUGAUUAUUCACAAAGAAAGUGCAGCGGCUGAAGCCUUCAGAGAUGCACUUUUGAAAUACGAACCUGAUCUGCAUGAAAAGCUGUAUGUUCAACAAAGCUUAUCUUAUUCUGCAUCAGAUAUGAUGGGCCUGUCCAUGGAAGAGCAAUUGCGAAGGCUGCAGGAAGAAAGAACUUGUAAAGUGUGCAUGGACAAAGAGGUCUCGGUUGUGUUUAUAACUUGCGGUCAUUUGGUUGUUUGUACAGACUGUGCACCCUCCCUGAGAAAGUGCCCAAUCUGCCGGGAUACCAUUAAAGGAACAGUUAGAACCUUUCUGUCCUGAUAUUGUAAUUAGUUUAAAGCCAAUAAACGUGCUGUUAAUACUAAUGUACAUUUUAUUCUUGCAGAGAAAUUGAAACGUGACUUUUAGCAAUGCUUCAGCUAUAUUAAAUUCUUAGACCCGAGUAUACAAGCGUUAACUCUUCAAGCUCUUAUCAUGAAUCUUAUAUUAGGGCUUUUCAUUAAAAGUGACUAUUUAUGUUUCAUUUUUAAUGUAGUACAGAAAAUAUUUUUUGUUUAAAAUACUGAUAAUUAGAUAAUUAAUCCACAUUUAUAUGUAACAGGUGAUAUUAACAUUAAUUACCACUUUAUUGUAUGCAUUUGCAUUAUGCUAUAUGAGAAAAUAACUAUUACUGCAUGCUAACUAAUGAGAUUGUGAAUUUUGGAAAUGCUAAUCCUCUGAACAAAUAUUUGAUAAUGCUACAAUGGUAUUCUUAUUAAAACAAAAUGAUGCAUGGAUAUUUAAAACUAUAUGGAUGUUUGGCAAGGAUUAAAUGUCAUAAAUUACAACAGCAGUUUAAUGAAAAUAAAAAUCUAGUUUUAGAAUCACA